GGUGACAGACUAUCGAAGGGAGCGAGACAAAAAUGGACUACAUUGACAAAAUUGGACUUCAUUACAUUGACCAAAAGUGCGCAAAGUCAUUGCUUUACCACUCAAAAUACACAGUCACCACAAAGCUCAUCGUUGUUAAGAAGGCGCAAGCAUGCCCUACCCAGGCCUCUGCAUGGCGAGUCUUUCUACCUCGACGUACCUAAAAAGAGCAGGAGCGACAAGUUAGAGGAAGCUAUUGUACAACUGGGAGGGACUAUGGCUCGCUUUCUCAGUAAACACGUGACAUAUGUCGUCACAGAUAGACCUGACAUUCGCAGAACAUCACCACGAUUCCAUCCGUCACGUGGUCAAACAAUGCUUCAAAAUGCCAAGCCACUUCCAUCGAGCAUAAGUUCCAGUGACGUGACGAGGMAUGCAAAGACCUGGAAAAUCCCCGUCAAAACCUUUGAUGAAUUCAAAGAAUGGCUCAAAGAACGUAAAGUCGCAGACCAAAAAUCCCGAACACCCAAGAGAAACACGAAARUACGUCGGCUGAGAGGAGCAUUCAUCAAGGUUGAAGACCGCUCAAGGAAAUACCGACCACUGGUCAAAGAAAUGAAAUCAUGGCCACGCCCUAACCUGGAUGCAAAACCAGGCAACGGACCGUUCGAUGACAUCAAAAGAGCCCGAAGAUCUUCAACACCUUUAUCACCAAGAAGAAAGAGACUGUUUAGAAAGGCUACACUCAAGAAAGGUUAUUGUGAGCUGUGUGACACGGAAUACGAUAUUGGAACAAAACAGCAUCUUGAAGGCAACAAGCACAGGUCGGAGGCAAACGUGCCGGACAAAUAUUCCGACGUGGACAAGUUGAUUAAUUCUGGAAUAACUCUGAAGCAGUUUAUAGAAAGAGUAAACAAAAGACACAAAAUAAAGACGGCACGGGAAACACCUACAAAACAGCCAGAGCGAACAACCGCACCCCAGACUGUCAUAAUAAGACGCAGCGCAAGGCUUGUUGCUGCUUCACUCGAGGGAUCCGCCUACUUCACGUUACCAGCCACCGUUACGUACACAUUACCGCACGAACAUUGAGACAGUUAACAUAAUAUUUUAUCGAGGAAAUAAAAAAAUCAAUGAAACAUCUUAGUUCCAACUAAAACCACGCCGACAGCGAUGAAUAUUCAUACUGCAACUUAAAGUUUGUGUAAUCGAGUCUGAACGUGAUUUCCGCGGAUCAAUAAACCAGAGUUAUCAAUAAAAGGAAAACACAUCAA